AUGGUGAAAAAGCAGCCCGGUGCGGAAAAUAUCCGUGUGGUUGUCCGUUGUCGUAACUUGUUGCCAUAUGAGGCAGAGCGAGGCGACAAAGCUCUUGUGCGUCUUGACCUCGCGACAAACCAAGUUGUAGUUCAACACCCUAUUGGUGACCCGGAUACUUUUGCUUUUGAUGCUGUGUACAACAAUACAUAUACUCAGCGUGAUAUAUUUCUUCAAGAAGUCCAGCCGCUCGUCGAGGCCGUAUUGCAAGGCUACAAUGCGACGGUCUUUGCGUAUGGACAGUCUGGCUCCGGCAAGACGCAUACUAUGACAGGUAAAUUGAGUGACACACAAAUGUGGGGUAUGAUGCCUCAGGUGGUUAAUUACCUAUUCAAUGAAAUCAAAAAGCUGUCGUCUUCAACAAAGACAUUCAAAGUAAAGGUAUCCUACGUAGAGCUGUACAAUGGUAAAUCACGCGAUCUUUUGGCUUCAAAACAGAUAAACCUCGAAAUCAAGCAAAAUAUGGCCAAGAACUUUUACGUAAAGGGCGCAGAGAUGCCGGAAGUGACAAGUUUUGAUGAGGCCAUCCGGUGGUUUAACGCAGGUACAGACCGCCGACAGACUGCAUCCACAGACUUGAACGAUACGAGCAGUCGCUCCCAUUCACUUUUCACCCUUCAGGUUGAACAGUUUGACUUUGAGCAAGAUCCGAGUUCACCCAUUGUGCUUACAAGCAAAAUCAACGUGGUGGAUCUUGCGGGAUCAGAGAAGUUGAGCAAAACCAAUGCCACUGGGGAAACUGCAAAGGAAGGUUGUAAUAUCAACCUGUCCCUUUCGGCACUAGCGACUGUCAUUGAUACCAUUGUAAAGGGCGGCAAACACAUCCCCUACCGUGGCUCACCACUAACAAUGCUUCUUAAGGAUUCCCUUGGAGGUAAUGCGAAGACUGUCAUGUUUGCAAAUGUGGGACCCUCAGACAAGAAUAUUUCAGAGACAAUAUCUACGUUGCGUUUUGCACUGAGAGCAAAGCAAAUUGAAAAUAAGCCCAUCAAAAAUAUGGAUCCAAAGGAUGCUCGCAUUCAGGACCUUCUUGAUCAGAUUGAAGACCUCAAAGGAAGACUGGGAAAUGUGGACUUUAACAAGGAAGAUCAACUCCGGCAGCGUAUCGAGGAACUAGAGAUUGAAAACGCAGAUCUUCGAGGAGGCGGUGAGAAGGACAAUCUUGAACUAGAAGAAAAUUGUCGUACUCUCCAAGCACAACUGGAACAGGUGAACUUGGCGCUUGCCGAGAAGCAAAAGGAGCUAUCAAAGGAAAUUGACGGGCAGUCUUUGUUGCAGUGGAACCUUGAAAAUGAGACGGGCCAUAUGAGGGAGCUUAGAUCCCUUGCAAUCAACUUUAUCAAACGAAUAUGCCAGGAAGAGCAACUGCGGGAGAUACGAUCCCAGAUGCCCCAGGACGGUUCUUACAACACGACCGACAAUGACUGGGAUGUUAAGGAAAUUGGAUUCUACUUCAACGGAUUCGCCGCAAUGUACGAUUCAUGGAGAGAAUCCACGUAUACCCGAGAAGACCUUGAGAAGUAUGCACAGAAAGCAGCGAGUGGCCUAAUUGAGCAAGCACAACGGCAGCUUGAUGAAGUUACCCGCGCGCGUGAUGAAUUAGUACGACUGCAUCAAGAGGAUUUAGCAAAACGUGCAGCCGACAAUGAAUCACUUUCACAGCUAAAGGUGGACUUGAAUACACUUCGAGAUGAAAAUCUGAAAUUACGUGAAAAGAUCGAGCGGGACCAGGAGCGAAUUAAGGCUAAGAUUGCCAAAAGCAAAGAGGAAUACAAAAGUUUGGCCGAACAGCUUGAACUCUCGCAGUCACUUGUAGUAGAGAAGGAGCGGGAUAUUGAGCGAUUGAAGCGGAUGCUAGAGGAGAGUGGCAACAAUGCUAUACUCAACGCAUCGCUUAACAGCGGCCUCACGGGUGGCAAUGUCGAUGAACGUAGUGCUAUUCUUCGGCAGCUACAAGAGGAGAAAGGGGCCAGAAAAGUGUUAGAGUCACGCAUUAGGGAGGUUAAUGUUUCCCUUCGUCGAUAUGGUGUUUGUAUUUCGGAGACGAAUGAUGUUGCUGAUGGAUUUGGCGUAUCUUCUGGUGUUAAUGAUGCUUUUAUACUUGCAGCAGUUGAGGAGGAAACCAUUGAUGGCGAUAUUUAUGCCCAGUUACAGCAGCAAAUUCGUGUCAAGCAGCGUCUCACGGAGCUUCGCCAUCAGCAUCAGCGAAAGUUGGAUGAUCUAGUAAAAAAAUAUGAGCUUAUCAAGACUGGAAGGACCACGUCCAACAGCGGUGUAUCUGCUGAUAAUACACUUCAUUCAACCGUCGCAGAUGAGGCGACCGCGCAGCAAAUCAAGGAGUUGCUAAUGCGGAAAGAUGAUGAGAUUGAACGUAUUACUCAUGAAAAGGAGAAAAUAUGUGAUAAGAUCGUGAAGAAGCUGAACAAGUGUGAAAUGAAAAUAAAAGAGUUAGAGACUACACUUGAGGAAGAGCGUGCACAAUUUGCAGAUGAACGUCAAGAGAUUUAUAGUGAAAACCGUGAGCUGCAAAAAUACAACCAGCAGUUGUCGGUGGAGGUGGAGACGCUACGUGGCCAGCUUGGCAGUGUGAAGGAUGAAAUGGAUUCCAUGGAGCGCGCAAAGAGUGCUGAGAUUGAUCGCUGGAAAGAAGAAGCAGAGAAUUACGCCACGCGACUUGAUGAAGCACGGUCUAAUAUUGCUGGAUACAACGAGCUGCAAAAGAGUUAUGAUCGCUUACAACAACAACUUCAGCGCACUGAGGCUUCUCUAAAGGAGAAGGUCGACAACCUCGAGAACAACCGACAGAUGGUGAAGUGGUCCAAUUCGCUUCUUGCUUCUGAGAAGCAGAAGGUGGAGCAGAUGGAAAUGAUGAUGAAACAGCAAGAAAUGGAAAUACGUCAGCGCGAGGAAGAAUUGCGGAAUGAAAUGAUGAUUGAUAUCAACAAGCAGGUGGCGGCGAACAACCGUCGUCUGCAGGAGCAGGCCGCUCAGUAUCACGAGAUCGUCUCUCAAGAGCAAGAGAAGCAGAAGGGAAUCAUGAAAAAAGUAAAAAAUGCAAGAAAAGAUGCACAAAAGGCGGCCCAACGAUACGACGAGAUGAUUCUUGAAAAUGAAGCUCUUUUGUCCAAACUGGAGGAGCUAAAGGUGACUUCCAUGCGGAUUUUCCUUGAGAAACAGGAAGCUCAGAGAGAACUGGAGGCGUUACGCCCCACACGACAGGUCAGUGCCAGACGUCUCUGA